ACUUUACUUUUCAGUCACAUUUCGAUUCCUUCAACGUUCAGUACUUACAAGCAAUCUAUAACUUUAUGAAUAAAAAAUCGUAUAUUUGCAUAGUUGCAAUUAAUUAGUUAAACCAUUUUUGCCUAUUCUUUACUACACCUAUCUCGAAAUAGCAAAAAUGAGUUUCGUAGACCUUGCGACUUUGGCAAUGCACCGACGACAUGAGAUGGAAGUCAGAAUCAAUGUUUUUGUUGAUAAAUGUGACCAUGCGAUACAAAAUAUAAAAAAUCUAAAAAUGCAGGCUCAAGGUUUUGUAGGAACCCUUAACUGUGACCCUGCAGAACUAAAAGAUCGGUUUUUAAGCUGUAUGAAACAGUUAGAUGAAUAUACAUAUCUCCUAACAGACUUUAAUCUUGCAAUAAGUAAACUUGAUACAACAAAUACUAGCAAUUACACCCCAGUGCAUGAUGUCUCAAACCCUUCUCAAUUACCUCAACCACAUGUCGGAACAUUUAAUUUAAUAGAUGCAUUGAGUGAACCAACACCUUCAACGUCUAAAGAUCACCCAGUGUCAUGUUGUAAUCAAUAUCCAUCAGAAAAACCGCAUCGUAAGAAAAUACCAAAGGAGGAUCAGCUUUUGAUAGCGUUCUCGAGUUCGUCAUGUUCAUCGGAAAGUGUUCCAAUGUCCAGAAGUGAGAAGGAAGUGCAAUGUCAAAUAACAGAAGAAACAAAGAGACUUACCUUGGAUGACUCAGGCCCAGCUUUUGAUGACUGCAAGUUGCCAGCACAGGCCUUACUCCAAAUUGAUAAUGUGUAUUCGGCAACAAUCAUGCAUGUAGAUGGUGUAUCUUUCUGGGUUAUAGCCGAUGAUGUUGAUGAUGUGUGCAAACUGAUGAUACAAAUGACGAGCUAUUACAAGGAGAAUACGAUACAAAUGAACCUAGACGAGCUGAUGUCGCUCACAUACUGCACGUACUAUGCGCACGACAGUGACUGCUAUUACCGGGGUCUCUUUAUAAGACUCAGUGACGAGGAUAUGAGUAUCGCGGAGGUGUUCCUGGUGGACACGGGGGAGACAAGAAGCGCCCCCAUCACCACGAUACAGCCGCUCGCUCCGAGGUUCUGCAAGAAGCCACCCUUCGCGCGGUGCUGCCAUCUAGCGGGGGUAGAUUUACUGGGCUACCGGAGCAAAGAAUUGUUGGAGAAACAGGAGAUGUACAUUAAGGACUUCAUGGGGAAGCCAUGCAGUAUCAAAAUAGAUGACAAUUCAUCGGAAUCUCUGGACGUGUAUGUGAUCCUUCCUUCGGGCGAGACGCUCAAUGACUUGUUAGUGGAAGAAGGACUGGCGUUAAGAAUUGACAAAUCAAACGUCUCAACCGAGGGUUCAGCGGCAGCUAGGUGUCUCUCAGAAUUACAAGAUGAAAACUUCGACAUCACGCAGUGUCCAGAAUAUGAUGACCCAUUGGUGGCAGUCACGGGAUACCACAAUCGAGACGAAAUGGACAUCUGCAAACAUUACAAGGGCGGACCGGAUAAGACUUGUUUUAAAGGAGCGCGCUGUACAAAGAGGCACGUCCUGAAACAUCCAGAUCUGUUUGUAUGUCCAGAGGGCUGGACGUUGGACCGGGUGCCGGUGGCGGCGCAGUGCGAGCCGCCGCCGCUGCCGGCGCCCGGCACGUGGCUGCGCGUCUACGUCACGCACGUCGCGCACUUCAACCGCUUCUACGUGCACUUCCUGACGGAUAAGAAAUCUGGAAAUGAAACAGUCCCAAGCUUCGGAGUGGUCCUCCCGCCAACUAACCUGGAAGCUUUAAUUCUUGACAUGAACUCUCCGGCCACUAGAAUGAUGUACAAGCCUCUAAAGAUGAUCCCAGCACCGGGCGAGCUGGUGGCGGCGCUGUAUCCGCUGGACGAACAGUGGUACCGGGCGAGGGUCGUCUCCUCCACUCGCGCCGACCAGAACGUAGAGGUAAUUUACAUAGACUACGGCAACGUGGUGUGGGUGAAGGAGGACGCGAUCCGCGAGCUGGAGCCGCGCUUCUGGUCGCUGGAGGCGCAGGCCGGCCGCUGCGCGCUCGCCGGCGUGGAGGCGCGGACGGCCAACUCGCGCCACUGGGCCGCCGCCAAGGCCGCGCUCUCCGCGCUCAUACAGGAGCGCCGCCUGCAGGCGCACGUCGUGGCGAGAGAUUAUGAUGAGGUUACCGUGGAACUAUUCGACGAGAACGGUUUUAGCAUAGCUGAGCAACUAGCGGCCGGGGAACUGGUGAACUUGACGGAAUACUCGGUGGUGGACGACACGGAUGUCAAACAAAAGCUAGUGUUGCCAUAACUUGCAAUUGUUAAACAGUAAGAAACUUGUGAUUUAGUUGAAUAAGCCGAAGAGAAUUAUUUUAAAUAGAAAUGAAUAUUUGUUUAUAUUUUAUCUGUACAUGCUCUACGCAGGAUUUAUAUCGAUUGGUAUUUUUUUUUUAAUUUCAUAAAUACUUUCUUAAUAUUCCUAUAGUUAACAAAAAAGGUUACCUUCCAUUAAACUUAUAUUUAAUGUGUUUACAGUUUGAUUUGAAAAUGUUAUUGUUAACCAUUUCUGUUAUGUAUUUAACUUCUUGGUUUGAUACUCGAAAUCGAAUCCUAAAGGAUGUAAUAGAAAAGUAACCAAUAAGGUUGUAUUACAUAAAAUAUUUUUUAACGAUAUAAGAUAUUAACUGUGAUAGAGUGUUUAAGUGAUUUUGGUAAAAAAUAUCUAUAAAUAUCAUGGAUAAAGCAUGUUAUAAGACUGAGUUAAGUCCAUUUUAUUCAUUACUAGUAGCUCUUACCUGCCGCGUGGCAAAAAGGAGGAAGGAUUACCCCAAUUCAAAAAUGUAUUAGCAUAUCUACCGAAGAUUCCGCGACGAUUGCUCAUUGUCUCAUACCGAUACAAUACAAAACAAAAGAUAUAAAUUAAAAAAGAUAGGCAAAGAUAUAGAAACCUCAAAGGAGAUUCGGUUCGUCCAUUUUUUUAUUAGAAAAUGACGUCAACACGUUUGAAAUACAUCGCAGGAAUGUGCGAAGCGAAUCAGCUCGCAACUUUUGGCGAAAUCGUAGAUGCAAAAUUGCAUCUCACUUUUUUGUUUCAACCAAAACUCCUUCAUUAAUACGAAACCAUCUAACACAUUUUGUUAAAAACCAAAGUGUUACAUUAAGUUUAAAACAUAAAUGAGUAAGUGUUAUUUUGUCUAUUAUACUUUAAUAUAAAGUACUGAGUACAUAAAAAAAAAUCUUAAUUAACUCUCAAUCUCAUUUAAGAAAUAUUUCAUAUUAUAUAUAAAAUGUAGUAUUGUUUUCUUUUUCCGUCAUGAUUGAUUUGGUAUUCGAAAAAAGAAGAUACCAACAUAAAUCUGAUAAUGCUGGUAAAGCUGAUAGUGUCUAAGAAGUUUUCUGUUAUAAUUUGUUUUAGUCGGUCUUUGUUUUUGUUUUUCAUAAUAAAAUUUUAUUUAGAAAGCUUGAUUGUAAACCUUGAACCUAAAUAUAUAUUAUACCAUCUCUGAUAUCAAUACCAUUGUCUUAAAAUCAUAUACAUUCUUAUGGAGCAUAUUAUUAUGUAUUUCUUAAUAAUAUUUAAGAUUUAAUAUUUACCUCGUUCCUCGCAUAGGCAUUUAUUUUUAAGAUAUUUUUAAACAUUGUUGUUUUUUUAUACGCUCUCUGUUUUGUAUAUGUUAUUUGCAUUUAGGCAAAGGAAUAGCCGAUGGAUCCAGUUAGAUGAACUGGGUUUGGUCUUCUGUAAUAAGAACUUAAUUCGCAAGAGAUUUGUUAAAAAAUACAAACAAAAUAGAUAAUAAUUAUUCGUUUAAUUAUAUAAUAAUAAAGAGAACACACUUACAUAUUUAUAAAUAUGAUGAAGUUUUUUUUAAAUUUUUCAACAUGUAUCCGAGGAAAACCAUUAAUAUUUAUACGAAUUUAUUACAAGUGUACUUAAUUUGUACACUUUUAUCAGCACGAGUAAUAACUGAAAAUAGCAAGUAACAUUGACAGUAAAAUGAAUCUGAACCGGAAAUCAAGUGCCCAAAAUCAACCUCACGAGCUGAUUAGUGAAGAAAUAUGUGUAUCCAUUACCAUACAUUAGAGCAGCCUUAUAAAAUGGCUCACCACCAACACUAUACCUCCUUGUGAAGAGAGUAGACUUCUGUCCAGCUAUAGGUCACUUUUUCGGCAGCAACUUUUUAGUAUUCUUUUAUAUAGGCACUGUAUUAUCUUAUGCUAAUUAUUGAAAAGACGCGAAGAACUUACAAAAAUUUAUAUUACGUUGUAAAGAGUAAUGGCUAGAUGGUGCCGUUUAUUUAAUACUCAAUCUCUAACCCAAUUUGGUGGGCAUUAAAAAUCUUGAUAUAAUUUUGAAUUUAUACAUGCUUUAUGUACCUACACUAAUUAACUUAUUAUUUUGUACUAUGAGUCAUGGAAAGGGCAUUGUUUAAAUCUCUUAAAAUCACCAAAGUUUCGAGAUUUUAUAAAUGUAGGUACGUGACUCUUAGAUAAGAGGAGAAUAAAUAAUUUCAAAGUACAUAAUCGAUUAUAAAUAAGUCCGUCGCUGAAGUGUAUCCACAGAUUUCCGUUUCGAAUAUUUUUAGGAAUAGAACACUUAAGAAUCAGCAUCAAUAUAACAACGCAUAAAAAAAUCGCCGACCUGACGGUUUUGAUUUUUGCUGCAAUCAUAUUUACAUGUUAAAUCAUUUAUCAGAAAUAUAAAGGUUGGAAUGGUUUUUGAUCUUAGAAAAUUGUAUUAUUAUGAGCAAUGUAAAUUUUAUGUAUAAUAUCACAUAAAUGGUUCAAAGCAAGUAUUUUUCUUAGUUAUAAUCUAACUGUAACUCUUGUUAUUGCUAUAUCGGCAAGUGUUUUAACCAUAUUAAUAAUCACCACAUAAUCCUUUAAAUAUGGCCAUUACAGUUUAUACUGAUUGAAUAAAUAAACAUUUUAUUUUAUA